AUGGAGGACGACGAAGAAAAUGGAGAUGGUCAGGUACCUGUUCAUUCCUCUGCGACAAUGGAGAAAGACGACGCAGAUGGAGCAAAUUUGGUCGAUGUUCCUGUAACGACGACAACGAUUGAUCAAGACGAAGCAACUCAAGAGUGGAGCAUUCCGGUUACUCAUCUCAGUGAAGAAGAGGCAGAAAGAUUGGCUGCGGUUCUUGUCCAGAAUGAAGAUGAAGAGGAGGAGUACUGGGAGUAUGAACUGGGAGAAAAGCCGAGCAAAGCCAACAAAAAAGAGAAAGAAUCUGAGAAUGAUGCAAUUGGUAAUGGCGAAGAAGAUGAAGAAGAGCUUGAGGAUAGGUACGAGUAUGAAAUCGAACAAUCAGUGGCUGAGUUUGAGGAUGAGGAAGUCAUUAGGAGGAAUACUAUUCCAGAUAACUCGGAUGAAGAUGAAGACUACUUCGAUGUUAGAAAUAGGAAACGCAAAAGAUCUGAGGAUAAACUAGAAGUGGGAACAGCUUUCUGGUCUGGGUUUGAGUUCAAAGAAGCUGUCUUGGAUUAUGCUCUUACCAAAGGUCGAAACAUUGAACAGAGCAGGUGGGAUAAGACGAAGCUUAGCUUUAAGUGUGGGAUUAGAGGUAAAUGCAAAUGGAGGGUUUACUGUGCCUUUGAUGUGCCUACUCAGAAGUGGUUAGUGAAAACAAGGUACAAAUAUCAUAGUUGUACACCCAAUGGGAAAUGUAAACUCUUGCGAAGCCCGGUUAUAGCUAGGUUGUUUCUGGAUAAACUGAGAGAAGACAGUGAGUUAAUGCCUGAGAAGAUUCAAGAGCAGAUAAAGGAGACCUGGAAGCUCAUAUCAUCUCGGAAUCAAUGUCAACGAGGAAGAACAUUGGCGCUAAAAUGGCUGGAUAAAGAGUAUGCAGACCAGUUUGCUCACCUAAGAGGUUAUGUGCGAGAGAUUGAGAAGACCAAUCCGGGUUCGAGCGUGGUACUUGAUACUAUAAGUAAUGCAGCCAAAGAAGAUGUAUUUGAUCGGUUCUAUGUAUGCUUUGCGAAGCUUAGGAGCUCGUGGAGAGGGACAUGUAGGCCAAUAAUAGGGCUCGAUGGAACUUUUUUGAAGGUUGCAGUCAAGGGAAUAUUGCUCACUGCUGUAGGACAUGAUGCCAACAAUCAGAUAUUUCCUUUUGCUUGGGCUGUGGUACAAGCUGAGUCUGCGGAUACAUGGCUUUGGUUUAUCAAGAGACUGAAGCAUGAUUUGUCUCUUGGAGAUGGCAGCAAAUAUGUUCUUCUAUCUGAUAGCUCGAAGGGACUUAUAAGCGCAAUCAAAUCAGAGUUACCAAACGCAGAGCAUAGGCGUUGUGUGAAACACAUUGUUGAAAAUCUGAAGAAAAAGCACAAGAAGAAACAGUUUUUGAAACCAAGAGUGUGGAAUCUUGCUUGGAGCUACAACAAGACACAGUUCAAGGAAGAACUUACAAAGUUACAGGAUUAUAGCAUGUCCUUGUAUGAUGAUGUGAUGAAGUUAGAACCAAAAGCUUGGUCAUUGGCGUACUACAGACUAGGGAGCUUUUGCGAGGACGUUGAUAACAAUGCGACUGAGUCUUUCAACUCCACUAUUACCGGAGCUCGAGGUAAGGCUAUUGUACCCAUGUUGGAAACAAUAAGAAGGCAAGCAAUGGUCAGAAUUGCAAAGAGACACAAGAAAUCUGAGAGGCGGCAAGAGAAGUUUACAAAAUAUGUGGUCGAGAUUCUCAAAGCUGAGAAGGAAGAUGCCGACAAAUGCAUAACAACUCCUUGUACGCAUGGUGUGUUCGAGGUACGUCUCGGAAAUUCUGGUUACAACGUUAACACUUCUAGGCAAACUUGUACUUGUGGGAAGUGGCAGAUCACUGGGAUACCGUGUGAGCACGCAUAUGGUGCUAUGAUAGAUGCUGGGUUAGAUGUGGAGGAUUAUAUAUCUGAGUUCUUUUCCACUAGUCUAUGGAGGAUGACUUAUAACCAGUCCAUAAACACGGUUAGAGGGCCUCGGUUUUGGAUGAAAAAGGGUAGAUAUAGAUUAGUUGUAGAACCACCAGAACCUACACUUCCUGGGAGGAAAAAAAAGAGUAAUAAAAAGAAAUUUCCGAGAUUCAAAGGGAAAAAUGAAUCACCAAAGAAGAAAAAAAAGAAGGUUGUUGAAACACUUGGAAGAGAGGGACGAAUCAUGCAUUGUUCCAAGUGUGGGGAAGCCGGCCACAAUGCUCGAAAAUGCAAAAUCCACCCAAAGAAGAAGAUCAAGACUGAAGCAGAGGACCCAAAUAAGAAGAACAAGACUGAAGCAAAGGACCCAAAGAAGAAGAACAAGACUGAAGCAAAGGACCCAAAGAAGAAGAUCAAGAAUAAAGCAAAGGACGUUGGAAGCUCUGGAGGAGAAGUCAUUUCACUCACACAGCCAUCUCAAACAAGCACUUGA